CGGUUCGCUCGUGGCUGUUAUCGUGGUCAGCAACGUUAUGCAACCGCGUAUGUGCCUCGCGGGCGCGCGGGCCAGUAGCAUCGCGAUGUCGGUCGGUGGGUCAGCUCCGAACGAGGAACGAAGGGAGAGUCGGACUGGCACUGAGAGUCAGAGAGAAACAGAGGAAGUCGGAGUAGGGACGAAGUAAAUAUACAGUGACGUAGGAGGAAGUGGGAAGAGGAAGAAGAGAGCGAGAAAGAUAGAGGUUAGGUCGAGUAGACGGAGUAGAAGGACGGAAGGAAGGAGGGAGCUACAGGGAGCGAAGGGUAGAGGAAUAUAAGAAUAUAAGAGAAGUGAGAAUAAAAAUGGCAGACAGGUAACGGUGAGGGGGCUGUAGGUUGAGGCCGGGACGGGGAUCUAUGGUACGUAGCAGCUAGAGUUAGAGUCGGAAUCGGAGUCGGAGGUUUAUGUGGGAGGUAGCGAGCAGGAGGUGGCUGCGGAGGUGGAAGUAGAGGAUUGUGGUGGUGGUGGUGGCGGCGGCGGCGGCGGCGGCGCGAUGCCGCGUUAGCGCGUGCGUGUCGGGGUACUGCCGUGUGCGACGCAACGACGCAGCGACGCAGCGGCCGAGGAUCGCCGAGCGCUCGCUACGUGGACUCCGCGGCUGGUGGCUAGCAGUGUACCAAAAGUCGGCACCCUGCACGAACACACGACGUGUACGCUCCACGUCACGUCACGCUAAAAACAGGGCCUCCUCCCCGAAGCUCGCUCCCGUUAAAUCGCUCGGCCGGCCGCGAACGCCUGCGAAGUUCCAAAGGCCACAAGAGAGGAGGACUAGGAGGCACCGACGUCGUAUUAUAAUGCUGCCUGGGAGCGGCGAAGGAGCGGCGGCCGCGGCGACAACACGCUAGGUGCUACGAUCACGGAAGAGGAGCACGUACCAACGGAGCGCGGCUGCUGCACCUCGCUGGAUACGCUCCCCACGUAUCGCCGACCAGGAGCUAGUGCUCCGUCUACGAGAGUCCGUGCGCGAGAGAGCUCCUCCUCCUCCUCCUCCGCCACCUCCUCCACGAUAACUCUGUCUCCUCUUCUUCUGCAUCUUCCACCUCCUUAUCCUCCUCCUCCCCCUCAUCCUCCACCCGCGACAGCACCUCCGUCAUCGCAAUCGUCACCGUCACCCUCGACACCACUGACCACCCUCCUCCUCAUCCCGUCCCCCCUCGACCGCGAGGACAAACUUUUCGCGUGUGUUUCGUGAUCGGGACGACCGCGACGACGUCGAGCGUCGCCCAGACGACGCGUAUCCUCGUGAGUGCUUGUCCUCGUUGCGCGAUUCCCUCCAUACGGACGGUUCUCUCUUCUGGCUCGAACGCCCCGUGCUCCUCCUCCUGCUCCUCCUCCACCACCACCUUGUCCUCAUCUUUCUCUGACUACCCUCGGUGAAAUCGUCACAGGCGAGAAAACCGCAGUUCCCCGUCUCUGCUUCCUUCGGGAUUCGCAUUCCGUUGGAUUCACGUCGCGAGUCUCUCGGACUCGAGCAGUGAAGGCUCCUUCGGGGCUGUGUGAAUAACUUAAGAAUUUUCGUGAAAUAUUGUAUCGUCGUUUCGGUGCUUCGUGGGAUCGUGUUCGUUCGGAAGAUUUCGAAGCUGUGACUCGUAAUUUUAUCGGAUAUUUAUCGUCGUUAGGAUUAAUAACGAAAAAAAAGAAAGAAAAAACGAAAACGGCAACAGUGUUCUCUCUUAUCUGUCGAGGCACAUCCGCGCUCUGCUCCUCGUCGAAGAAUGCUCCAGGAUCGUGCGGGACGCUUUAGUGGCCUGUCGAGAGUGGCGCUAGACUAGACUGCUGGCCUCGUACGCACGGGAACGCCUAUCGCGAUUCGAACCUACCACCAGUGGCUCGAGGUUGCUCCCUAGUACCAAGGUAAAUACAGAAGAGGGUGCGGACCCGAGCAAAGAGACAAGAGCGAUUGGGGUAGAGAGCAACGGAGUCCAGGGUAGAACCCUGUAAUUUGGAGGAGGCUAAAAAGGCUCAGAGGUUGACACGAUCAAAUACGAAAGAAGUACAGGAGUGUCGGAAGGGAGAAAAAUAUACAUAUAGGUAUAUACAUAUACAUAGAUAAACGGAGACAGUGUGGACCAAAACCAAAGAGAUACCAAGGAAAAGUAACAAGUAGUCUCUUCUCGAGGACUUUCUGCAGGACAGAGAAAUAGCCACUUCUUCCGCCUACGUAUAUCUUCAUGAGCGUGGCGAUCGAUAGACGACCGAGUGAGGGUCGACGUUGACGUUGACGUCGAGGCUCAGGUUGACACAAAACCGAGAGAGCGAAGGAGAGAGAGAGAGAGAGAGAGAGAGAGAGAGAGAGAGAGAGAGAGAGCGAACCCAGUCCGUCUCUCCUCCAGUUCAGAUUCCGCGUGAUCGCAGCAGAGUCGUGCGUAAGGUAGAGUAAAGGCGGUCAGGGCGCGAGGGGCCGUGCGCGCAGCCCCUAAUUUAUGGGCGACUUCAGCACGGGCAGCCUCUUCGCGAGUUCCCCGUCGAGCGGCGCGGUAAAUUCCGCGAAAUCGAGUAACGCCAUGCAGGACGAUCUUCUGAUAGAGAAACAGUCGACGGGGAAGGCACCGUUGUCGCCAGGAGGCGCCCUCGAGGCGGUAAAUCCACAGGAGAAAUCGAAGGAGGUCGAGGUCGAGAACAUCGCCAUAACCUCCAAUACGACCUCAUCGACGGAGAAGGAAAUGAGCAGUUCCGCAGCCAGCCUACAAGGCUUCUCGGAGCCGGUCCGGGUACCCAGCCUCUGGACCGACGACGCCAGCCUCCACGCUCUACCCGUAAACGGCUCUAUCGCGACUUUCCAGAACUUCCCGGCUGGUGGACCCGGGGGACUGUUCGCCGCCUCGAGCGCAGCCAACGCUGCAGGUGCCCGUAGAGCCAUAACGGCCAGUCACAACUUCUCACAGCACGGGAACACCGCACCGGGCAGCAGGCACGGCCUGCCGGCACCGUCGGCACAGCAACAGCAACAGCAGCAACAACAGCAGCAGCAGCAACCGACAUCGCAUCCCGGCGUCUAUCUCCAGGGCAAAGGAUAUGCCGCGUGGUCCGGGGGUCCUCAGGGACCCCAGCAAUGGGGCGGCGCCCCCCAGGCUGCUGCGAGUCCCGCGCUGUCACCCUGGAGUCGCGGAAGGUCCGUGCCGAAUCUCCCGCCUCUGCACUCCUCCCUUCACGCGGCCGCUGCGGUCGCGGCGGCGGCUGGACUUCAAGGCCGGAAGCCGAGCCCCACGUUUCCGGGUCAUCCUGGUCCCAACCCAGGACAUCCUUCCAGUAUCAGCCCCGUCAAGUUCCGCAGGAGCACCUCGUAUCCUGGCAAGGGAAAUCUCUAUCCUCCGCAACCGGCCCCGACCUUCGAGGUCACCGCUGCAGAAGAGAGGGAUCUGCUGCAGCUGCCGCCGUAUCAGCAGGAACGAAUGACAGCCAAUGGGAAUUCGCCGUUGGACAGUAUGCGGACCCUCGAGCAUUAUCUCAGCGACAUCAUGAGAGCCGGCGCAGCCGACACACCGGAACACCUCAAAGGAUUCAUAAACUGCAGUGCCAACACCCUACAGUCCCUCGCACAGCUUCACGGUAAAUCACCGUUCUUCCCGAGUCUCGAGGAGCAGAGUGGCACUCUUCUUGAGGAUCCAAAUGCGGCGAGUCAGCUGGACGGCGUUGGAGUAGGCGUCGGCGUCGGUGUGGGUGUCGGCGUCGGCGUCGGCGGAGGGAUGACAGCUCCUCAGACGGCACCACUAUCUUCCCCAAGCCGUAGCAGCCCUCACAGUCAGGGCAGCGAGACAGGAGAGCGAUUCUCGAGGAAGGUCUUCGUGGGCGGCUUGCCUCCGGAUAUCGAUGAAGAUGAGAUCACGGCCAGUUUCCGUCGAUUCGGUCCUCUGAUCGUCGAUUGGCCACACAAGGCAGAGAGUAAAUCUUACUUUCCCCCAAAAGGUUACGCUUUCCUGCUUUUCCAGGACGAGGGAUCCGUGCAGCAGCUGAUCGACGCCUGCAUUCAGGACGACGACAAGCUCUAUCUAUGUGUAAGUUCCCCAACAAUCAAGGACAAACCAGUUCAGAUUCGACCUUGGCGUCUGAGCGAUGCGGAUUUCGUUCUGGACGCGUCGAUGCCCCUGGAUCCCAGGAAGACCGUCUUCGUCGGCGGCGUACCACGACCCUUGAAGGCCGUCGAGCUGGCCAUGAUCAUGGAUCGACUUUACGGGGGUGUGUGCUACGCUGGUAUCGACACCGAUCCCGAGCUCAAAUAUCCAAAGGGUGCGGGUAGGGUAGCCUUCAGUAAUCAGCAAAGCUACAUUGCCGCCAUAUCCGCGAGAUUCGUCCAACUGCAACAUGGCGACAUUGACAAAAGGGUCGAGGUCAAACCGUAUGUUCUUGACGAUCAGAUGUGUGACGAGUGCCAGGGUCAACGUUGCGGAGGGAAGUUCGCUCCCUUCUUCUGCGCGAAUGUCACCUGCCUUCAGUACUAUUGCGAGCAUUGCUGGGCAACAAUUCACUCCCGACCUGGUCGGGAGUUUCACAAGCCUCUGGUGAAGGAAGGCGCGGAUCGACCCCGCGCUGUACCUUUUCGCUGGUGUUAACCCCAACUGCGUCACCCCUUAUUAUCUCGCGGCCCUAGCUAAUUAACUACCACUUCUACAACCCCUUAUACCCUUACCUACUACUUGAUCGUCACUAUUACUACUACUACGUCUACUACUACUAUUACUACUUACUACGUCUACUACUAUACUACUAUGCUACUACUACCACUACCACUACUAUUACUAUACUUACUUACUUACUUACACUUACUACCUACUACUACUACUACUACUACACUACUACCAACCGUUACUCGAAUGCACCCGAACCUCCCUUUUUCGGGCCACGUUUGCAAGCCAUGCCUAGUCAGAUCGACUAAGACUCUAUGAAACUACGACCCAACGAGUGCUGGCUGUGACGAGGGCCCCACCUCGGCACCGCUCCGAUACGUUCAUCCGAACCUGGAGAACCUUGCAACGUCAUCUCCGGAGCUAGCAGCCGACUCAUCUCAUCCAUCGUCCAUCCACCUUAAUCGGCAUCUCGAACCUCGUCGGCAGAGCAAAGUCUCGAAGAGGCAUCAUCACCGCAUCAGAAAAGUUGGAUCGUCGAAGAACUGGAUUGGAUCGUCAGGAGAACAAACGAGAGAGGAUAGAGAGAGAACGAUAGUGCGAGAAACAAACGCUCGUAAAAUAAUGACGACUAUGAAUAAUCGUUUUUUUUUUAUAUAUAUAUGACCAGCUGAUAAAUUUCAUCCCUCUCGACUCUCUCUUUCCUCUGUCCGUGUGCGCGAUACCGCGUAAUCAGGGGCGCGGCUGGACGGCCUCCGCGAAGUAAUUGUUGGCGUAGGCAAUUAUUAGGCUAUUUUAUAAAUCGAGGAAUGUACGAUUCCGUGCUCGGUUAUCCGGAGCUUCCUCUUCCCGACUGCCUACCGAACUGUUGGAUACUUCAUCUGGUUCUGUCACUGUCGGAAGUUCGUCUCGCGUUAUCAGGUUCUGUCUACGUUAACUUGAUUGCGGAGCUUCCAUCGGUUAAAAAGCUCCCAGACGGCGAGCUUCCAGCAGGGACCGCGAUAGGCGCUCACGGCGGCAGAGGAGGAAGUUCCGGGAUAUUCCGUAAGGUAGCCGAGGCUGCUAUUAGCAGAGGGGAGGUCAAGGACAAAGACAAAGUUCGAACACCAAGCGGUCGUCGCUUCCAAGGGUUGAAAAGCACGGCCGUAUUGCGUGUUAUCAGUGCGCGCAUUCAGCGCUCACUCGUUCUAGUCUCGGGACUAUCGGGAUUAUCCGGAGUGCGCAAAGUCGCCGAGGCGAUUGCGGGAAAUACGUCGUUUGAAUGUUAAAUGAUAAAAUGAAAAAGAAAUCCACGCUUUACCGCUGUGUAUUAGACAAUUUUUCUGUAUCACAGUCUUUAGCUCUAAGAUUUACUACGUUACAUAGGGUACGUAUUAAUCGUACGCGUACGCGUGCGCGCGGAAGGCCGUGCGCAGACAAUUUUUUACUAAUUGACUUAUUGGAAAAAAUAAUCGAUAGUUAAAUUUUUGCGAGA